UGUCAUGAGUGAAGAUCAGAGUACUCAAAAUGGAAUGAAACGAAUGAAUAAAUAUAGCCAUAUAAAUAAUUAUAUAGCUAUAUUGUUUUUUUUAAAAAGGUCGCUAGGCUUUUUCUGGAGGGGCCAGAGAGAGCGUUCCUCGUUUCCAGGGGAACAUUACGAAAGACGGACUGUCAUUUGUAAACAGUCCCACGUGUGCCAACGAUGACGUAGCUCAUGGUGUCAACAGGAUGAGCUAUAAACAGCCUGUAACUCAGGCAACUCUACACGAAUUGAACAUUAUUUUUACAUCGAACUUCUAUUCAAAUUGUAAAUAUAGAGACAGCCCUGGGUGUAGCUAUGAAAUUGCUAUUUCUUGCAUGCCUCAGUCCAAAAACGGGAAACUGCACCACAGCCGAGAGAAUAAGGGCACACAUUGAAUCAGCGGGUCACACCUGUGAGCUUCGAGAUGCUGCGGAUUUCAAGUCAUCGGCAGAGGUGGCCAGUUUGAUAGAACAGAAGCCACCCUUCGAGGGUGCUAUUGCCAUUCACCUGUUCAAAGGAGGCAGGCUCCUUCUAGGUGAAGCUACAGUACCUUCAGAAAAUACUCAAGUGCCCUUUGGAGUAGUCUUCGGAGGAACAGACAUUAAUGAAGACGUGAAAGUGGAGCAGAAGCGUGCAGUUAUGGAGCAGGUGUUGCUGAAAGCCAGAUUUGCUGUUGCAUUUACUGACAAACUGAAAGCAGAGGCUGAAGUAUUUCUGCUGUCCCAAAGCAGCAAAAUCUACGUCCAGCCUCAAGGGAUCAAGACUGAUGCGGCUCAGAGUUUCUGCUGGAGUGAAUUUCUAAGGCGCUCAGGUGUGAGUGGGGAUGAUGUGGAGGACCUGCAUGUGUUCCUACUAGUCUGUGGCCUGAGGAGAGUGAAGGAUCCUCUCUAUCUGCUGGAGGCAUUCUCAGAGUGGCACACUGAGAAUCCCCUGGUAGUGCUCAUCAUCAUCGGACCUAAGAUUGAUCCUGUGUUUACUGAAGAAGUAGAAGCAAUCAGUAAAAGGUCAGCAGGGGUUUACCUGGCCCAGGAGAGAAGCCAAGAGGAGCUCCAUGCUGCUAUGAGGAGGUCAGCUGCCCUGGUGAACAGUUCAGUCUCCGAGGGGAUGUCCGCUGCCAUUUUAGAGGCAAUGGACCUGGAGGUACCGGUGGUGGCUCGUGACAUCCCAGGCAACACAGCGGUGGUGCAACAUGAGGUCACUGGUCUGCUCUACUCGUCCCCUCAGGAAUUUGUGCGUGUAUCUCAGAGGCUGCUGGUAGACGGAGAGCUGCGGGAGCGUGUGGUGGCGAACGGGAAGCGCUACGUUGAGGAGCACCACAGCCUGGACCAUGAGAGGGAGGCCUACCAGAGGCUGGUGGACAUGCUACACUAAGGCUGCACAGAAUAACCAGGUCCUCUGUCUCAACCUUACUUUCUCUCAGGAACAACUCCAAGGGCUCUAUUCAAUCUGUAUACGAUUCAUCGAUACAGAUUGAAUAGAGCCCUAAGUUAGUGACACAGGCAGAACUACAUAAGCAGAAGAUACAAAUCCAUAUCCAGUUUGCUAUCCUGGAUCCUUGGGACAUACAGUGGGGCAAAAAAGUAUUUAGUCAGCCACCAAUUGUGCAAGUUCUCCCACUUAAAAAUAUGAAAGAGGCCUGUAAUUUCCAUCAUAGGUACACUUCAACUAUGACAGAAAAAAUUUGAAAAAAAUCCAGAAAAUCACAUUGUAGGAUUUUUUAUGAAUGUAUUUGCAAAUUAUGGUGGAAAAUAAGUAUUUGGUCAAUAACAAAAGUUUAUCUCAAUACUUUGUUAUAUACCCUUUGUUGGCAAUGACAGAGGUCAAACGUUUUCUGUAAGUCUUCACAGGGUUUUCACACACUGUUGCUGGUAUUUUGGCCCAUUCAUCCAUGCAGAUCUCCUCUAGAGCAGUGAUGUUUUGGGUGUCUGUCAUAGUUGAAGUGUACCUAUGAUGAAAAUUACGGGCCUCUCUCAUCUUUUUAAGUGGGAGAACUUGCACAAUUGGUGGCUGCCCCACUGUACCUACCCUAACUUUAACCGUUAUCUAGCCAUAACAUUUACCCUAACCGUAACCCUUAUCUUAAAGAGCCACUGAACACGCUGAUUGGCACAUGUUUUUCUUUUGCUCAUUAGAAAAACAAGAUUUCAGUCUUGGAGGUAUGUUUUCUGACCGAUUUAACCAGUUUGGAUAAUGAUCCUCGUCCCUCAUGAGACAUUUCCUCAAAAUCCCCAGAAUUAAUUUAAGAUAACUCCAGAAAUCUUUCAUUCAUUUUGAUGUUUUUGCAGAGGAAGUUUUAGUUGUGCAAUUUUACAUUUAACUAAGGUGUUUGGUACAGUCUUAAAUCAAAAAUAAAAUGGGCACUGUGUUGUCUCAUGCAAACAAAGUCGGAGCCGCUGGGCAGGUCUGCCUCACUGUCUAUGCUAUUGGAUAGAGAGCGAUCACCGCAGCUGUUCACCCCGUAUUAAUGGAAAAAUGGGCAUCGUCAAAUCAAACACAACCUCCAACCGUUUUGACGCGCGGAUGUUCCAGACUUUGUUUUAGACGAGACUGACUUAAAUUAUUUUUAUUUGAUUUUGACACUAGAAUAACUGUUUCUGCCUCAUAUCGAUGCCAUGUUUUUAAAGAGAUUUGUUGCUUUUUAAAGGCAGUCGCUCUUGAACCAUUUUACAUUUCAACUUCAAUGGGGUUGGGGUGUUCCAAAGAUCCCGGAUAGCAAAGACCAUCCAGUUUGUCUACAAAUUAAUAAUUGAUAUGUUGGCUUCACGUCUAGACAUCAACAAAAAAUCUAUGUUUAAAGAAUACUAUUAAAUCUAAUCAAACUUGAAAUGCACUUUAAACAAAGUUUGAUUUGAUUUAGUCCUUUACAUUUCAGUCAUUUAGCAGAUGCUCUUAUCCAGAGUGACUUAGUUCGUGCAUUCAUCGUAAGAUAGCUAGGUGGGACAACCAUAUUUCUCAGUCAUAGUAAGUCGAUUUUUGCUCAAUAAAGUAGCUAUCAGCAAAAUAAGUGCUACUUUUAAAAAAAAACGGAAAACAUUCAAACGUUUUAGUAUUUUUGGUUGAGGUGGAGGCGUGAAUCCAAAAUGUCAAUGAUUAACUUGAAUAUUACAUUUGACAUCAACCAAAGCUUGAAACUCUAGGCCAUUAUGUUUUGUCUAUUUUUUGUUGAACCCUGAGUUGAAUUGAAACAAUAUCUGUUGAUGACUGCUGUACGUAUUGGCCCAAAUAGUAUCAUUGAUGCAUUUAAUGUACUCUGAAGGACUUUGAUAACAACAGUGGCAUAUCAAAGCUAAGCAGGGCUGAGCUUGGUUAAAACCCUGGAUUGGAGACCAAAUUAAUAGCUAUAGAUAGAUCAACUCUCCAGUAAGCCCAGCCUACUAUGCCCAGCCUAUUUUUUGAUAGUUGAUAUAAUGUUGAAGAUCUGACGUUGUUUCAAAAGAUACAAAUUCAACAUAUGGUUUUUGGAUGUUGAAAAUUGGUCACAAUGAUGACAUAAUCCUGUGGUUGAAAUUCUACCCUCAAAACAACUGUUUACAUAUGACUUUUUUCAAAUCUAUGUAUUUUCCACCUAGAUUCCAUGUCACAAUACACAUUACCUUGAAACAACAUUGAUGCAACCAGUUUGUGCCCAGUGGGAAAGGCCUAAAGAGGUACUUGCAUCCAUAAAGGGAUAAAUAGCUUUAAUGAUCAGGUAUCAUUUCUGAAUUUUUUACAAGUCUUUUCUAGCUCUCAAGCUUUAAAGGCAGACUCAGCGAAAUGACGUUGCCACGAAAACACCGCAGAUAUUGAGAUGAGCGAUGCAAGACCUCGCUCUCACACAGUCACACCCCACUGGGCACACACUGGUUGAAUCAAAGUUGUUUCAACUUCAUUUCAAUUAAAUUACGUUAUACAAACGUGGAAUAGAUGUUGAAUUGACGUCUGUGCCCAGUGCGACACAGUAUCUGCAUGGGUGCGCUUCACGCUGUUGCACCUUGGUAGCCAGGGCUCCAAAACAGCAGAGAAGUUGAGCCUCACGCUUCAACGCUCUUAGCUGUUGAGGAAAUUUAGCCACUAUGCUGUUUACUUUCGGCGUGUAUGUCAUAUCGCUGAGUCUACCUUUAAUUCUAUGCGGACCAAUCUACGCAGCACAAUUGAACUUGAUUAGCGAAAUGUACUUUUAUGUGCUAGAGGUGGAGGUUACUUUAAUUUAAAGCACAUAUGUAGUCUUAUUGAAUGAAUGGUGAAUUGGUGUCCAAUAAAAGAAGUGCUGUGACUCCGUCAUGUUUACUCUACUUAUUAUUUAUUCUUUCCAAACAGCCUACAGAAAACCUUUUUGAAAUCGAUGAAUUACAUUUUUGUAAUGAAAGUUGAUCAAUGCUGUUUACUUAUGUAUCAUUUUCAAUAAAAUAUGGUUAAAUGGUG